GUGCUUUUUAUGGACCUCCAUUUGAAGAUUUUCUAUGAUGUGACUUUGUCGACAGCUUGACGACUGGAUAUCCAAUGAACAUCUUUGAAGAAAUCAAAUCCCAUACAUGGCCGCUGCGCAGCUUGGUAUUCGGCACCUUAUGCUGUCAAAUCGGUAUAAGCUUUACUCAACCUGGACAUAGUGCGCGCUGGAUAAGGCCACGAUUUAUAGUUUUAUUUUUGGCCGGAGCUUAUACUAUCAUUUCGAAAUUCGAAAUGCAUGUUGCCCAUGUAGCACCCUAUAUAUACUGGUUCUGCGUCUUUUACUUCGGGUUCUGUUUCUCCUCCCACUAUUCCGGUGACACGGAGUUAACCGUCUACAGCUUCUCAUACAUUUCCCAGUGGAGUUUCCAGUCCUGCAGAACGAAUAUCCUCCUUUCCGACUUCCUCCCGAAUUUUAAACUCCCGCAUAUAUUGCGACCCGACGACUCUCCGUGUCAAUCAUCGACCUCUUUUUGUUUUUCCAACCACCCAAACUAAUCGACAUGCGUUUGUCGCCGUUCUUUGCUUCACGGGCCGCAGUCUCUUCUGCUAUCAUUGCAACCACAUUCUUUACAUUGUCCGCCAGUGCGCAGGACCGCACCACUGAACAGGGCGAGGCGCAGAUCACUGGUAAGAAUCAAAAUAUCAUUCUUGCGUGCGAGUUACAGGCAUUAGCCAAGACGGUUCAGAAUGGAGAUGCAUGUAUGUAUAUUCGCGGGAGC